GGACAAAACUGGUUACUGCGGCAACACGCGGCGUGUGGCCCUUUUGCUCCGCGCCUCCAUCCUCCAUCCCGUCUGUGUGCCCUCUUCCUCUACUUAAACCUCGACCGUCACGACCACCUGUGCACGACUUUUCUCCGUCUGUACGGCGUACAUCGACAUUCCGGCUGAGCCGCAGUACUUAAAUUCUCGCACCCUCCUACGAUCUUUCUUUUCCGUUACACACUAUCCCGCGCGCUCUCUCACUCGCUCCUCGACGACACAUAGACAAGAUGCAGCUCCCAUUAUCCCUCAUUCUUCUCUCAGCAUCCCUUCUGCAUGCUCCGGAGACCGUUUCUGCAAGCAUCCUGAAGAGGGCGCACGAGACCGCUCUCCGCCACAGCAAGGGACUCGCUCGGGAUCUCCGGAUAGCCCUCAAGGGCAUCGGUGAACCCUCCGGCGCACUCCUAGUACCUCGGGACGUGACCCCUGAUAUUGACGCAGUUGUUCAGAAAGUUUUCUGCGUCUCUGGGGGUAAGAGCCUCGGCGGAGGGACUUCGAGCAACGGAACGAGUUCAGGGAGUAAGGGAUCAAGCUCUGCUAAUCCCUCCGCUACUAUCGGCGUACCUCCGCCCAAAGCGACUCCCUCGGCAUCUUCGAAUUGGAAUUUGGUUCAUUCCUGGCAAGGAAAGAACUUCUUUGAUGGGUGGGACUUCUGGGAUACGGCGGAUCCUACGCAUGGCAUCGUCAAUUACCUCAGCCAGAGUGACGCCAUGAGCCAAGGGUUGGCUUCAAUCUCUUCCAGCGGUACCGCCCUGAUGAAAGUCGACACCACGAAUAACCUCAGCGCCACCGCGAACCGCGCAUCCGUGCGCAUAACGACCCAGGCAUCGUGGACGCUCGGCCUCGUCCUCAUGGACGCGGUGCACAUGCCCACCGGGUGCGGGACAUGGCCGGCGUUCUGGAGCAACGGCCCGAACUGGCCCGCUGGCGGCGAGAUCGACGUCGUCGAGGGUGUGAACGAUUACACAAACAACCAGGCGACGAUACACACCAACCCGGGCUGCUCGAUACCGUCGUUGACGACGGUUCCGGCCAAUACGCCGGCGACCAAUGCCACUAGCCAAGGCCCGAGCUUGGAUAUUACCGGGACGCUCGUGGCGACGACGAAUUGUGCCGCCGCAGAGACAAACAACGCUGGGUGUGGCAUCCGGUCCAAUGAUGCUACCUCUUACGGAUCGGGAUUCAAUAAGGUCAAUGGAGGUGUCUAUGCCAUGCAUUGGACCACUGAAUCGAUCUCAGUCUACUUUUUCCCUCGUUCGUCUAUCCCAUCCGACAUCGCUGCCGGUAACCCGGACCCCACGUCUUCCGCGUGGGGCACGCCCAUGGCGCUCUGGCCGGCGACUUCCUGCAACAUGACCACCUUCUUCUACGACCACACCGCCAUCUUUGACACGACGCUGUGCGGGGACUGGGCGAGCGGCGUGUGGAACACCGCCGGGAUCCCCGGGCAGGAGCAGAGCUGCGCGCAGAGGACUGGGUACGCGACUUGUGAGCAGUUUGUGAGGGCGGAGGGGAGCGCGUUUGAGGAUGCUUACUGGGAAGUAAACUACGUCAAGGUCUACCAGGAGAAGAACCAAUCUUCUUCGUAAGCAUCCAGCACUCCCUUCUCUCGACCUCAUCUGCAAGUCAAUACCCUCUCAACUCAAGCAAUACUCAUCCUCCUGCACGUACUUAUUCCUCUCACGCUCCACUUUACGACCCGCGACGACCUGUAUAUUCAUAUCCCUCGUCGGGCGCUUUCCCCCCACACGGACACGCAUAGAUUGUAGGAUCUGGUUCGCUGCUGUAUCUAUUCUACAUCGGUCAAUUGUAUCAUGUCCCCUUGGGAAGUUCUUGUAUGUCAUGGACUCAUGGUAGCGGGUUGAGGGGUAUUUGGGUGAACUGUUUGAUAGAAUAUGGGGUAUUUAUAGAGCUAGUAUAGAGCACUAUUUGUCGAGGAGUCUUGCAUAUACCAUUAAGUGUACGGA